GAGGCUUGAAGGGCAUGAAUCCAACGGCAUCCAAUAUUCAAUCUGCCAUCUGCCACCCUGCAACAAGUGCUCACGCGCGUCAAUCGGAAGUACCACCUGUUUCUUGCCUGCAUAUCUUGUGUCAGUGAAUAAGGCCACCGUGUUGUUAUAUACAGAUUCACCACUACGUUGAUGCUUGCAGUCGCCGGAGAUGGGCAGCGAACCGGACGACGCGACGGAGGCCAAGAAGCGUGACUUGCCGCCGCCGGGCUGGAAACGGAACCCUUUCCUCCUGUCGCUGAAGAGGCUCGACGAACUGCUGUCCGAACGGUGCUUCCUUGCCGCCUCCGAGAAAUCUCCCCUCGGCCACCGCAUACCUGCACUGUGCAUGUUGGAGCGGACAGCUCACAGUGCACUGUGGUUCGGUGGGCUCCUCCUCCUCAUGUGGUUCUUCUCGAUGGAUCCGCCGUUCCGGACCUUUCUAUUCAACGUCUUCCUGGCACUAACGCUCGACGUGAUCUUGGUCGCCAUCUUGAAAGCUACUUGCAGACGACGGCGUCCAGGCGUGACGAGGGAGCAGUACGAGAGCUCGCCUCAGGCGUCCCACCUCAGCUUCCCGUCCGGCUUCACGUCCCGCGCCGUUCUGGUGGCCCUCAUUGCCGUCGACCACAGCCACUUGUUCCCCCUCUUCAAGUUGCCCUUUGUGGUCUGGUGCUGCGCAGUGGCAGUCUGCAAACUGCUCAUGGGACGGCAGUUCGUUGGUGACUCCCUGGGUGGUCUUGUGCUGGGGUACCUGGAGUACCACCUGGUUGUCGUGCCAAUGUGGUUGUCGCAGGACUCUGUGGGUUUCUUCUUCAACCUGCUCGACGACGAUGCGGCCGUCGGAGUGUCCUUGUGACGCUGGCUCUCGUUGAUCAGAAUGUUCCGGUUAGAGUUCCUAUGUUCGGUUGGUUUUGUGUGUCUCAUACAUGACGUACAUCUCAUACAUGACAUAUCGUGCGGAGAGUAAAAGACGUGGUGGUUCGUAAAACUGA